UGCCUGAAGGAAGCGGAAGCCCGGAUUUCCGGUUAGCACUUGGAAAGUGCGGGUUCCUGGCUUCCGGGUGGGCGUGCGGGGCAGGCUGCCCGAGGAGCGGGCCAUGGAGAAGCUGCGGCGAGUCCUGAGCGGCCAGGACGACGAGGAACAGGGCCUGACGGCGCAGGUCCUGGAUGCCUCAUCCCUCAGUUUCAACACCAGACUGAAGUGGUUUGUCAUAUGCUUUGUGGCUGGCAUUGUCUGUUCAAUCCUCGGAACUGGUUUGCUGUGGCUUCCCAAUGGCAUAAAACUCUUUGCGGUGUUUUACACGCUUGGAAACCUUGCUGCACUGGCCAGUACGUGCUUCCUGAUGGGGCCUGUGAAGCAGCUGAAGAAAAUGUUCGAGACAACAAGAUUGCUUGCCACGGUGAUCAUGCUUCUGUGCUUCGUGUUCACCCUGUGUGCUGCGCUGUGGUGGCGGAAGAAGGGGCUGGCCUUACUCUUUUGCAUACUGCAGUUCCUGUCGAUGACCUGGUACAGCCUGUCCUACAUCCCGUACGCAAGGGACGCGGUGCUCAAGUGCUGCUCCUCGCUCUUCAGCUGAACGGCCGAUCUGCUCUCAUGUGCGCCUUCACAGCGAUCACUCCGGAGACGGCGGCAGCCUCAGCCCCUGCGUGUGCUGGUGCACUGCACCUCUAGCCUCUGUUUGCGGCCAUUAACCUCCUCUUCCAGAGACAAGGAGGUUGUGACCCUCGCCACUUGUAAAUAAUUUUACUAGAUGUUAAUCUUUCCAGACAGCUUUUGAAAUGUGAAUAUUUAAGGUGUAAACCUGUGUUGUAAGAUAUAUCCAACUUAUUUGGCUUUUAAAUGUUCUACAAUUUAAAAAAAAACUUUUUUAACUUUAAAAAUGUGAAGCUUUAUAUAUUUUAAGCUUAAAAUUACUUAUUACAUGUAAUGAAAAGUAAUAUAUGAAUCUUAACAGUUUUGAAAUAAACCUCUUGGAAAUA